UCUGCGAUAGUAUUUUGCAGGAUCAUUGAUUACACUUGAAUGUCUUGGGUGGCAUUUUUUACUUUUCUAUUUUCAGUGGCUGUUGCCGGCUGGAAAAGCUUGCAUAAACUACAUGCAAGGAAGCUAAACUCACUUUGAGUUCUUUGCUUAAGCAGUUCCGAUUGCAAAAAUAGUAGAGAUCCCUACUUCCUUGAAAAGCCAUACAUCUCCGUCUUUCAACAACUGACUGGAGACUUUGCAGAUUCCCGAAACAAAAGCUUUUCUUACAUGGGUAAUGAGUGGUGCGGCUUUAAAGACUAGAGGGACUCUCAGAGUGUUAGAAGGGCAAGCGUUGAAUUGAUACAUUUUCAAGCACAAAAUGCUUAAGGAUUUAGAAAAGAAAUGGUUCAAGCUACAAGGUUAGCAGAAUAUUAGCAUAUUGUAACUAAAAAAAAGGCAAGCAAAAUUAAAGGCAGCGUACUCCGUUCCCCGAAUACUCUUCAUUGUGCCAUCCGUAGCAAUUGUUUUGCUUAUCAUUCAAUUUGCAUACUCAGAAGUGUGUUAGCUCGUAAACAAGAUUAGAUGGAAUCUGCCACCUCCAUUUUAUUUGAGAUUGGAAAGUAUACUGUGAAGCCGAUAAAACGUCAAGUUAGCUAUUUGUUUCAUCUCAACACUAUCUUCAAUGAUCUUAGGAAAGCAAAAGAAGAACUGGUAUCGAUACAAGCAAUAGUGCAAGAACGAGUUGAGAGGGCCAGAAUGAAUACUGAAGUUACAGAAAUAAUUGUACAAGAGUGGCUCACAAAUGUGAACCAAGUAGUGGCAGACGUGCAUACUUUAGAAAAUAAAAUAGAAGAAAACAAGAAAUCCAGAAAUUAUCGGUUUCCUAAAUGGAUUGGGCGAUACAAAUUAAGCAAGGAAGCCACCCAGAAGACAACGACUAUAAGAAAACUCCAUCUUGAGGGCAAUUUUACCCAGGUUGCCCACCGUGCUCCAACUCCUGGUAUAGAAAUCUUUAUGUCUAGUGAUUUUGAAAUGUUUGAAUCAAGAAAAAUGACUUUUCAACGAAUUAUGGAGGCAUUAUGUGACAAUAAUAGUUACAGUAUUGGAGUAUGUGGUAUGGGAGGGGUUGGGAAGACAACCUUGGUGAAGGAAGUACAUAAGAAAGCCAAAGAAUCAAAUCUUUUUAAUGAUAUUGUGAUGACUACUGUGUCCUUGACUCCAGACAUUAGAAGAAUUCAAGGGGAAAUUGCAGACCAAUUAAAUCUAAAACUUGAUGAGGAGAGCAGUUCAGCAAGAGCAAAUCGAAUAUGCUUAAGAAUAAAGAGUGUAGAAAAGAUUCUCAUAAUCUUGGAUGAUGUCUGGAAAGACGUUGAGUUGGAAGUUAUUGGAAUUCCAUUUCAUGAUGAUCACAAGGGUUGCAAGAUUCUUCUGACUACAAGGAAUGACCAUGUGUGCAAUUUAAUGGAUUGUGGAAGGAAGAUUCCCUUGAACUUCUUAUCAGAUAAAGAAUCAUUGGCUUUAAUAAAGAAAAUUGCAUGUAUAAUUGAUGACUAUCCUCCUUUGAAUGAUGUGGUGAUGAAAGUUGUUAAAGAGUGCAAAGGUUUGCCUAUUGCAAUUGUUACAGUGGGAAAGGCUCUAGCAAGAAAACCUCUCAAUGACUGGAAGGUAGCCCCAAGCAACUAGAAGAGUCUAACCUUAUGGAUAUAGAAGGUGUUGAUGAUGAAAAAAAUGUUUAUGUAUGUCUUAAGUGGAGUUACGUUCGUUUAAAGCGCAAAACCAAGUUUUGCUUUUUGUUGUGUUCUUUAUUUCCAGAAGAUUAUGACAUUUCUAUUGAAGAAUUAGCUAGAUAUGUGAUGGGGCUAGAUGAAUUUGGAACCAUUACCUGUCUUGAAGAAGCGAGGAAUGAAGUGCGUGUGAUAAUUAAUAACCUCAAAGAUUCUUAUUUGUUGUUAGAAAGUAAUCGAGAAACACAUGUGAAAAUGCAUGACAUGGUUUGUGAUGUUGCCUUGUGGAUAGUAUCCAAAGGAGAAAAUGAAUUCAUGCUAAGAGUCUGCACUCGUUUAGAGAAGAAUGAAAACUUUGAUAGUAUGACAGCAAUAUCCUUGAUGACUUCAAACCCUGAACAUCUUCCCAAUAAAAUAGCAUGUCCAAGACUCAAAAUUUUGUUAUUGGGACGAAAUGAAUUAGACUUCAGUGAAGUUUCCGACACGUUGUUUGCAGAGGUGAAUGUUCUCAAAGUUUUAAGUCUACGACUAAAAUUCUUGUCAUCACAAUCUCUUAACUUGUUUUCGAACCUUCGAAGCCUGUAUUUGGCAGGCUGCAAUUUUACCAACAUCUAUUCCUUGGGAAAGCUUAAAAGACUUGAGGUUUUGAGCUUUUACCAUUGUCGUAUGGAUGCAUUGCCAAAUGAAUUGGGGGAACUGAAGAAUUUAAGACUGUUAGAUUUGAUGAGAUGUGACCAACAAAACCCGAUUCAGCCAGGUCUAUUACAAAGAUUAUCCGUACUAGAGGAGCUAUACAUUGUUAAAGACAGCUUCAAAGAUUGGGAUGAUGAAGAAAGACAAGCAAAAAGAUGCAAUGUUAAAUUAUCAGAGUUAAGUUCACUAUCUCGCUUGAUUGUGCUCUCUUUACACUUGAGCUUGACCCGUGUUCCUAUAGGCUUUGUUUUUCCAAACCUGCAAAGAUAUGACAUAUCUAUUAACAGUUUCUAUGGGUAUCACAUAUUUACUGGCCAUCAAAUUCCAGAAUAUCCAUACUCCAGAAUCUUAAGAAUCAUCAAUUUGGAUGCUUCCUCUCCUAAUGCAUUCAAGCUAUUGUUCCGUAGUGUGGAAUAUCUUUUAAUUGAUUCUUGUGGGAUGGAAUACCUCAUUGAUAUAGCUGGAGGAAACCAUGCUGUUAUGUUCUCUAAUUUGGUCAAACUAUCUCUUCAAAAUUUGAGCUGUCUGAGGACAAUAUGCCAGGGACCCACCCAUCAGUUAACCUUCAGCAAUCUCAUAGUAUUAGACUUAAAUUAUUGCAGGUUAUUGACCGAGCUACUCUCACCCGUCGUUGCUCAAAGUCUAGGAAAGUUGGAAAAUCUAAAGCUCUCAAACUGCGAUGCACUGAAGCAAAUAAUUUCAAAGGAAGACAGAACGCUAUUGCAUAGUCAAAAUCAACAUAUAUGCCUCCCGAAAUUAAGAAUUCUUGAAAUAGUUGGAUGCAAUCAACUAGAAUAUAUCUUUCCAAUGACAGUUGCUCGAGGCUUUCCACAACUAGAAACGCUUAGAAUGAGUAAACUCCCUCAAUUAAAGCAAGUAAUUGGCCAUGAAGAUGAAGGAGAAGUUGUGGAUGGGAAUGAUGUCAUACUAUCGAAGUUGAGAUGGUUAAUCCUUGAGGACUUGCCAAAUUUUGGCACUUUAUAUCGAGGAACUUGUUCUUCAAUGUGGCCAUCUUUGGAGGUGCUAAAAGUGGUGAACUGCCCUGAGAUGAAGUCAUCAUUUGCUGCUGAUCUGGAAGCUAAUAUGCAAGCUCUAGGGAAGAAAUUAAAAGUGUUGCAUGUGGAAGGCAGACUGUGUGACAUAGCUCUACUUCUCUUGACUCAAGGUUUGUUAAAUCUUGAAGAUUUGGGAAUUAAUAACUGUGAAGAAUUAGAAGAGCUGUUUAAGCCUGCAGGAUUUCUUUCCCAAGGAAAUUAUCAAGACGAAUUGUUGCUCUCAAGAUUAACAGUGUCAAGGUGUAAGCGAUUAAGAAAGCUCUUCACACUAACCAUUGCUCAAAGUUUACAGAAAUUGAGAUUUCUCAAUAUAGAUAGUUGUGAUGAAUUAGAGCAUUUAAUUACUCAGGAUGAUCAGAUCUUACCAGAGGCUCAUCUCCAGCACACAUUCUUUCCACGACUAGUUGACGUCAGUGUCAAUGAGUGCAACAAAAUGACGUGUCUCUUCCCUGUGACCAUUGCUGAUGGUCUGCUACGGCUACGACGUGUAGAAGUAAAAGGAGCCUCUCAAUUUGUGGAAGUAUUUGCCCAAAAAGAUGAAAGAGAUGGCCAAAUUCGAAAAGAUGUCUUACUCCCUAAACUGAAGUACUUGACAUUCACACGAUUACCACGCCUUGUCAACCUUUGCCCAAGGAACUACCAUUUUACACUGCCAUCUUUAUGUCGGUUAGAUUUGGACGUGCUAACUUGUCCAGACAUCACUGACCGUUUUACCAGUGCUUUAGACGAUGUCGUGCAUGUAAAUGGAGAGUCCUCCAGAUAGAUGAGAAAGAAGAGCUAGCCUGCAGGGCUCACAAUGAUUCAUCCAGCAAGACCCUGAGCAACGAGAAUGCCAGUUUAUAUACAACGAUUGGCCACUACUGGACAGGCUACUUCUGUUCAUGGAACAACGACUAGAGUAAAUUGUUAUCUAAUAAUCUCCAGAGUCAAUAACAAUGCUCAUAAUCAUCAUCUAGAGGGCAUGUGAUGUAAGCAUACCGGGUGGUCAAUGCUUGCUGUGGGAUCACAAAGGUGCUACUUGUUUACAGCUAUCGCUGAAGACCUUUGUUCUUGCUGUGAUGUGUUUUAGUUACAUGUUUGAAACUAAUUUGGGUUUAUAUGAGAAGAGAGAGAAAAACAAAACAAAACAGAGAGAGAUCCAAGGGCCUCCGGCCCAACCUCCCUCCACCAUCAAGCUACCAAAAUUGUUAACGGUAAAUUUUGUCUUUCUUUCUUUUUCUUUUUCUUUUUUUUUUUUAAUUUGGCUGUUAAAUAUGAUUUAGGUUUGAGUAUUUUGGCUAGAUUAGUUUUGAUAAGGUAUUUGAGUUCCAAUUUGUUUUGUUUCCAAUAUUUAUGCUUGAUUUGGUUUUUUAAGGGAAAGAUUCAGAGCCAAAAAAAAACCCUAAAUCUUUGUUCAUGGAUGAAGAACCAGGAGAUGUCACGCUUGAUGAAUUCGUAGAAAGAGGACAAGAAGUCCAAUGAUCAAUCGUCUAAUAUAAAGUUUAAUGUGUGAAAUUAUUGUUAUCUUUGUGUUUCUAUAUGUCCGAUUUUGGUGAUGUAUUAAUUUGUUUGAUUUGGGGUUAGAAAUGGCCAAAAAAAAAAAAUUGUGAAUAUAUCAUGUAGUACUUACAAUAACUAGUUCCCUACAAUUUUAUGUAAAUUGACUUUUCCAAU